AUGAAGAUUCUACACAAAUCUAAGAGGACGGUUCCACCUCCUCCUCAAGUUGCAGAUCUAAUAACGAGAUUGAUAAACACACCGGACGAUGCUCUGGCUCAGACACUGGAGGAGAUUGAUGCCUGGAAGUGGCAACGCUCCGAUCUGAAUGCCUGGAUAAAGGUGCUCAAUAAGUUCGACACUGUUCUAGAAGACGUCAUCCGCGAAUAUGAUAUCGACAAACUACAAGUCCGAGAAUUCAGUACAGAAUCCAAGAAGAUGGUCUCUGAAAUUCUUAAAUUCGAGCGACUUUUGCUCGAGAACUCCACCAAUCGAAAGAUGUUCAACUCUUAUGAUCGAUUGAACAGCUUUCUCUUCGCUUCGGAUCUGGACGUUCUGAUUCUAGCUCUGAAGCUGCUUUUAAGACCUUCACAGCAGUACUCAGCGCAGCCAGCUGUCUCACAAGCACUGAAUAUAUCUACGCCACGUUUAUUGUCUUUGGCCAAACGAUGGCCUCACCUCCGUGAAUACGGAAUUGAUCUCGUCGAUUUGGCUAACGCGCAAGGAAGCUUGGAAAUUGACGCUCUCCCGAGCGAGGCCCGUGAAGUCGACUUCAGCUUUUACCGGAAAGAUGCCGGAUCCUCUCAAAUAAAACCAGAGGCUGAUCCUAAUGAUCUUUCAUCCUCACGCAAACUCUCUUCCACAACUCCGAUCGCCGCAGGCGCAGUCGCAGUCCAUUUGGACGAGCAAACUUUACGAUCAAAGACUGCAAUGGAUGUCCUGGCUGACGCCAUCCGUACACAUGAAAUUCCGGAUUCGGAGAAGUUUGAUUUGCUCUGCCGUAUACGAGCGGCCACAACACUAGCGAAAGGACGCGAAGCCGAAAGAGAAAAGCUUGUUCAUGUCCGCUUGCUUUCUAUCGCCAUCUUUGGACAUACGCACCCGGAAAGCCAAGCGUUAUCCACUCUCUUUUUGUUCGAGCCGGAUCUCAUCCCACAUGUUGCCGAGCUAUUGCAGGUUGGCCGCGGAAUUUCUGUUCACAUCCAAACCGCUGCCAUCGCUGCUCUGGACGCAAUGGCGCGGUAUCGGUCCAAGGUCCAUGAAGUUCUCACUUCGGUCAACGCUGGAGUCAACCACGGAAUACUGAUGGGACUUUUACGCAAAACCAUAAGUGAUAUCUCAAGUUCCGACUGCAAGAUCCCUCACAGUUUCGUCGAAGCGCUGCUGUCUUUUGUGACAUUCAUUGCAUCUCAUGCAUCAGGAGGCAACAUGAUUGUCGGAGCUGGCCUCAUUCCUUUGUUGAUUCAGAUUCUCGAGAAUCGACUACCGACGCGGUUACAAGUCGUGUCGAAGACGAUGCAACUUAUUGACAAUGUACUGUAUAGUUUUGCGAACGCCUUCACCGUGUUUUGUUCCUCGCAUGGUGUGGAAGCUUUGGUUGACAGAAUCGAGUUUGAGGUGGACCUAGAUAUUCGUGAACAUGGUGAUCAGCAGAAAUCACGUCAGAUUUUCGGAUCGCAUGGGGAGCUGCCUGUUGUACGAGCUGCUGUCCUGAAACACAUCUUGCGUUCCAUGCACCGUAUGAUGCAGUCAUCCGGGACAUUGGAAGGCUUGAGGGGCCUCAUCGAUAUGUCUAUAUUGAAAUCGAUUAAGAAAAUCAUCGAAUACAGAGGUCUCUUCGGACCAAGUGUCCUCCCUAUUGCGAUCAACAUAAUGGCUACGUUCGUUCACAACGAGCCAGGUUCUUUAACCGUCAUCCAGGAAGCCGGAUUGCCCGAAACGUUCUACAAGUCAAUUGAGCUCGGACUAGAACCGGCUAUCGAGGUGCUUCAAGCUAUACCCAAUGCUCUCGGAGCACUUUGUUUGAACGAAGUCGGACAGUCUCUAAUUGCUGCCCAUCCAAGCAUUAUUCCAGCCAUUUUCUCAAUAUUCACUUCUGAUCGUCACCUCAAGAUUCUUCUGGAAAAGGAAAAUGCAGUGCUUAUUGGUACAGCGGUCGACGAGCUCAUUCGUCAUCACCCAUUCCUCAAGGCUCCUGUCUUCCAGGCGCUCAAGAGUACUAUGACAAAGAUAGAAGAACUGGGACAUGCCUAUGUUCCGCCCGAUGACAUUCGCAACUGGUAUCAACUCACGGUCGCCCGACCUUCGCCUUCUUCUACUUCCGAAGAUGUAGACAAGAUGGAAGGGGUUGAAUCUUCGGAAGGAAAGGAAUCAUCACCUCCGCCACCUCCGGCUUAUACAGCUGCGUUGCUUGAGCCCCACAGCGAGGAGGCCAUGAGGUUGCAUGAAAAUAACAUAAUAUCGUUCAUUGACAUUCUUGGCAGAUUCUUGGAAGGUCUUUUUCAACACACCCCACAUUGUCGUGACUUCAUAUCUCAAACCAAUGGCCUAGUUUGUUUGGGCAGGUUGACCGCGCUACCAUGUCUCCCCUAUGAUUUUGCUAACAGUGUUGCCUCUGAUUCGAUGGUUCAAACAAUGCGCACCUUGACCGAAGUGGCUAUGAGUGAGACACUUCAGCAGAUGUCGCAGCUUGUAAAAGAAUCCCUCGAAGCGACACAAGAGUUCUGGUCUGAUGAUACCGAGGACUCUAAAUUGUUGUCGCUUUUGGAUGUUACCGAUGAGGAAUAUGUCAAUAAGAACUUCUAUUUCCGUAACUUGAUCACGCUUCACGUCCGGGUUACAUUACUUUCGGAUGUUUUCUCCACCGCUGGCUACGCUCAUGGACGGGGUGCCAUCAGUCUUCUUCAGAAUUUGAUGACUAGUACAACGCCACAAGUAAUUGCAGACCUAGGUUCAUUACACCGGGCCGGAAUUUGGGAAAAUAUUGUGCUGAAGGCAGCCCUCGCUGCGAAAGGGAUAGAGGUAUAUCAAACCCCGAGUGCCUCUCCACUCGACCAAUCACCAAAUCAUCGAACUAUUGACCUACCAGUACAAGGACCUUCCGUACCCGCUUCUGCGCCCAACGGUGCUGUCGAGAAUGGCGCGUCAACGUCAACAUCUACUCCUACGAAAGAAACGCAUACCAGACACGCCGGACCAAAGGAGUUCAACGCCACAGCCUUAAAACAUAUCACACACGGCAUACCCACUGCUUUAUCACCGUUUUUCCAAGCCAUGGUCAAAACGUUCCAUUCUCGCAGAACUCCAGAGCAAUCGCAAAAGAAGCAGAUGAUCGAGUCUUCCGCAACAGUUGCAGAUGUGUUACUGAAGCAUUUAUCUGCUAAGAGUGACAUCGAGGACAAAUCCACUCUGUACAUCUACUAUGGUGUCAUGUUAGGCCUAGUUACUGUCCUCUUAAUCGACGAGCGCACCACCAAUCAUACCAUCUACACUGUACAACUGUUAGCGUUCUACCGUGUUGGCGGCGUAGAUGCAGUGCUGAACGUUAGCCGGAGUUUCAUAUCCUCAAUUCGUUCCAUUGUCCCCAUUCGCGAAGAGGAUCGAUCUCCUGCGCAAACACAGGAACUUCUCCAUGCGUUCAGUGGACUGAAAAUAGUUUUGCAUUUGCUACAUCCUUUAGUAUCCUCCAAACCAUUGUUUGAAUCAGGUCAAACUAACAUUGUUGUCACCAAGGACAAGAAGGAUACUGAUGAUGAUUACUUCGAACCUCACAACUUUCUCGUUCGACUUCGCUUAGCAGUUUUACCGCUACUAAAAGAUAUUUGGGAAUCCUCGUGGUUAAUCAAGGCCCCACUUGGUGUCUGCAGAUCUGUUGUACAAACAGUACUAGAAGUUUUGAACAGCUCAGACGAGAGCAAAGCUAGUAUUGAAACUGGACCUUCUUCCAGUACCUUCUUUCGCUCUAACGUGCUUGAUGAAUCGCGUAUCCGCCAGCUCACCGACAUGGGAUUCCCUCGUGCCGCUGCCGAGCAUGCUUUACGGCGCACUCACAACAAUGUACCCGCAGCAACUGAAAUCCUGCUGGCCAAUCCUUUUUUGCCGUUCGCUGCGGAACCGGAACCAGAACCUGCCACCACCGCUUCAGGUUCCGCGGAGUUUGUCAUCGACGAAAGUUCGGUAAAUGAGGACGGAGCAGGUUCGGGUCCCACUACAAUGCCGGCGGAGCCUGUUGAUGACUCACCUUCUCCGGAACCGACAAUAGGCAAGACUGUCGAGGAAUGGCGCAAAGAUCUUGAGGCAGCCAGGGAACCCCUCAGAGCCGGCAUCAGUAGGAAGGCGUUGUCAUUGGUUGACGAGCAUAUAUCCUUGUUGUUCGACAUCCAUGCUGCAUUUGUCCGUCCCGGUGAUGCCCAUCAGCCAGAGGCUAUUCGCAAUAUAGUCGAUGAUAUCAAAGGUUUUUCACCAUACGCUUACGAUGUUCAAGAGCAACCUCUGGCGAAUCGCUGCCGAUUAUUAGCUCUGGUCCUUUCUGAAACACCGUAUUCUCUCGAUCCGGAGUUACGCAGCUCUCUUAUGGAUAGUCUUUUAGCUCUUCUGUUGUCUAAUCCCGUCAGCAUGGAUCCGGAGAAUCCAAUUAUUCCUCGUUGGUUGGCUGCGCAUUUGUUGGUUACCGAAGCCCUCCUCACGCUAUCCGAAGAACCUCGUGAUAUCGGCACUCCUAAGGAAGGUGAACCUAUACCUUCAGAGCCUUUGUCGACUGGCCCUGCGUUGACAGAUGCACGUGCGAUGGUAUUCGACUUCUGUCUGAAACUUCUUGCCAUGCCAGAUCUCCCCAGCGAUGAGCUACUGUCCUCAUUGCGUUUACUGGUAUUGCUCACGAGAGAUCACGAAUAUGCCUUGCAAUUUGUCAAAAAAGACGGGCUCGGGAUGCUCUUCAGCCGCCUUCAUACUUCCCCAGUCACUGGUAGCUCAUCAUACAUUGCUAUCAUUUUACGUCAUAUCAUCGAAGACCAUAAGACUGUACAGGGCAUUAUGCACCAAUCCAUUCGACGAUAUUUAACCAAUCCUCGCAACAGAGUCCCGGACGUCUCCUCUUAUCUGAAAAAUUGUAGUGCAAUGGCGCUGCGGGAUCCCAACACUUUCAUUGAGGUAACUCAAAAAUUGUGUCAUUUAGGAUCGCCCUAUGCUACGUCGUACACACUUUCUCUAAACAAGAAUUCAGACGUUCCUCCCAAGAACGAAGAGUUGAAGAACACCGUGGACAUGCAAGUCGAUCCAUCGACCGCUGAUUCCUCAGAGUCUGUGGAUGAAGUGAUGUAUUUCUUGGCAGCGGAAUUAAUGAAAACAGCUAAGGCACUCAACAGCGAUACACCUUCUACUACUAGCAGUGCACCGUCUUCUGUCGUCGAACCCCAUACUGCUCCAGAUGCAGCUCACGUGCCCGGUUUGAAGGACAGUGCAGACUCUUCUACAGACAAGGCUCAGCAUCUCUAUAUGUGCUUCCUUAUGCAGUGCAUGACGGAGUUAUUGUUCUCCUAUGAUUCCUGCAAAGUUGCACUCCUCAGCUACUCUGUAAAGAAACGUACCAACACUCCUGCGAAAGAAAAUCCACAUUCACGAUUCCGUACCUCAACAAUGCAUUUCCUUCUUUCAGAACUUGUUCCUUUUGAUGGUCUCAAUCCCCCGAACAGCCCUGAGACUCGCAGUAAGAUGUCAGUUUCCACCUGGGCAAUGUCCCUCUUGGUUGCUCUAUGUGUAGACACCUCUUCUGGUCAGGAAGGCAGAGACAUUUCGAAUGACCUCGUUGCGGUGCGGAAAUUUGUCCUCGAAUCAAUCAGCCGUGCAAUCAAGGACGCAUCACCCGCUGAAAGCACUGAGCUACAAUACGGCCGUCUUUUUGCCUUGAGUGAUCUUUGCCAUCGCUUGCUCACUGUUCGCUUCAGUCCUUCCACACGAAAGCAUGAAGAUGGUCCCACCCAGAUUUCCAAAGUCAUGCUAGAGAAGAAUUUCGUUGCGACUCUUACAAACACGUUGUCCGACAUUGACCUCAAUUAUCCGAAUGUACGUACGUUAGUUGUUGCAAUCUUGAAACCGCUGGAAUUGUUGACGAAAGUGGCUAUCAAGAUGAGUCGCGCACCUGGAAAAGCUCGGGAAUCGAGUAGUCCGAAAGCUGGAAGUAUCUCGCCGCUAUCUUCUGAUGAAGAGGACGAAGAAGAAGAAAACCAAGAUGCGCGUGAAGAAACGCCUGACUUGUAUCGCAACUCUGCUUUGGGCAUGUAUGGCGGGGAAAUGGAAGAUAUGACUUAUCAUGGCGAAGAUGAGGACAUGGAUGAUGAGGAAGAUAUGGGGGAGCACGACGAAGAAAUGGAUUUCGAUGAAGAAACGGGAAGUGAAGACACUUCGAACACUGAUGAGGAAGAAGAGGCCGAUGAGGAUCUGGAUGAUGCAGAAGAAGAAGGUUGGGAAGAUGAAGAAGACGAUGAAGAAGAUCUUGUACCGGAUGAGGUUGAUGAAGGUCAUGAAGAUGAAGAGGGGAUUGUAAACCCUCACGAACCGGUGGAUGAAGAGGAAAUUGAGGAAGCCGAGGAAAUGAUGUGGCAGGACAUCCAAGAUGAUGUCGACGCCGAGGAGCUGCGAGAAGAGGAUGAAGACGAAGAUUCUGGUGGACCAAUUCAGAUCAUUCAUGAAGACGGGGAGGAACUUGAUGCUGGGUCUGAUGAAGAGUACGCUUCAACCUUUUUUGGUGACAUUAUGCGCGAUGUUUUUAAUUUCGGAGAUCCAGCAGGGUCUGCUCCCAGUUUCUUCUUCCCUCGUAGGCAUCGGAACCCAGUGGAAGAUCAUGCUCCCAUGUUUGGCCGAGCUCGCAGUGGGGGAUCUGCACCCCCCGAAGCUACUACGCACCCCUUACUGCUAGAUGCCUCUUCACAAGCUGCUCGACCUACAUCAUCUACUUUCAGAGGUGCACGUAAUCCGCAACGAAUCAUGGCCGGUGGAACGACUGAGCUUCUACAAACAAUCGAGGAACUCGUCGGAGGUGGUGCCGUACAGCUUUUCCAUCAUAUAAUGACCCGAGGUCGAGGAGGAGGAGGAGCAGCAGGAGGGGUACCUGAAACUAUCCGGCUCGAUGUGCCCGCAGGAGCAAUCAUGGACCUAGGGAGACACUACCACCUUCCUCAUCGUCGACCACCGGUCAUUUCGGCUUCAGUAAGAAUGGAGAGGAACACGCGCACUCCUCCCACCUCCUCUCAAGCCCGUACGCUGGAUCCCCUGCUCACAUUACAGCGAUGGGCAGAGGAAGUUAAGGUCCUACACGGCGAUUUAGUGGCUGACCGUGCCUCGAAAUUGGCCAAUCAUUUGGUCAAUACAAUGUUACCAAACGCCAUCGAAGUAGCUCAAAAAGCUACAGAGGAAGAGGCCGCCCGCGAGCGUGAUGCAGAGGCUAAAGCCCAACAAGAAAAAGAAGAAGAGGAACGCAAAGAGGCAGAAGACAAAGCUCAGACCCAGAUUUCAGUGGAAUCUUCUGACCAACCUAUUCAAAGCCAGUCAUCAAAAAUUGAAGGCCCGUCCGAUGUGCAUGAUACCUCUCCAGAAGAUCACCCGAUGGAAGAUGCGACAUCCAGUGUUGGUGUCAGCGUUGCAGCCGUCCCAGAGAUGGCCGACACAGAGAUGGUCGACGGUACUGCUGUUACUGGACUGCAACCGCUUGAACCAGACGAGAGCAACGAUGACAACGUAACAAGCCUACCUUCUGAGAAUGAGGCUUCUGCUUCUGGGCAAGUGAACACUACAAAUCGUGUCACUGUCAUGAUUCAUGAUAAUGAAGUUGAUAUUACCGAUACAGGCAUCGACCCUACGUUUUUAGAAGCGUUACCGGACGAGAUGAGGGAAGAGGUUCUGAAUCAGCAUGUUCGCGAUCAACGAGCCGCCAGAAUUGAGCGACCUGCAGAUUCUCAGAUCAGUGUUGAAUUUUUGGAUGCGCUGCCUCCUGAAAUUCGUGCGGAGAUUAUUCAGCAAGAAGCUAUGGAACGUGCUCGUCACUCAGCCGAGGUAGCUCAGUCCGCGUCUGGAGUGCCUAGAGUACCAGCAGAAAUCGACCCUGCUAGUUUCAUAGCAAGCUUGGAUCCGACACUGCGGCAAGCUGUCUUGAUGGAGCAGGACGAGGGCUUCAUCCAAACUCUACCCCCUCACGUGAUAGCGGAAGCGGGUCAUUAUCGUACUGCCCAGUCUAGACGGCUUCAUGUAAGCUCUCGUGGUGUCCGCGAGACGUCUGGUGCUCCCGCCAUCGUUCGUAAAUUUGCCCCUCAACAUGACGCUAUCCAACUUCUUGACAAAGCUGGUGUUGCCGCUCUUAUAAGGCUACUCUUCUUCCCUCAAGUUCUGAAGAAGACUCUGAUAUUCAAAGUCUUGGUCAAUCUUUGCGAAAAUGCGAAGACUAGAACUGAGCUCUUCAACCUUCUCCUCAGUAUACUGCAAGAUGGUACGGGAGAUCUUGCCGCUGUUGAUAAAAGCUUUGCUCAAAUGUCCGUUCGAAAUUCCAAAACACCGAAAGCUAUAGGCAAACAGAAGUCCACCUCAGAUUUAAUCACUACCCUAGUGCUACCUGGGGGGCACACCGAGGCUGUGCCUGAUCUUAUUGCUCAGCGCUGCUUGGAGGCAUUGACAUAUAUUGUUACAGCUAACAGCUCGUCUUCAUUAUUCUUCCUCACUGAACAUGAACUUCCCGCUGGCCUGCGCAGAGCAUCAUCGAAAAAGGGCAAAGGGAAAGAGAAGCAAAUUCCGCAAACCCAUUAUCCAAUCGUUCUUUUGCUAGGACUAUUAGACCGGCAGUCUUUACUUCGGACGCCCUCUAUUAUGGAAUCAGUCGUCGGUCUCCUGGCGACAGUAACUCGCCCGAUCAAGGAGGCAAAACUUCAAGCACAACUGCAGCCCAGCACUUCGAAGAGUGUCACAAAUGAUGCUGAGAGUUCUAACAAUCAAACUACCAACGGCACUGGUGACAAUUCUGUCCCUGCUGUCGAAACUACACCCGCACCUCCUUCAUCACUUCCCCAUGAUGGUAUCGCUAGUCACACCCCUACGGCCCCAGAUCCGAGCACCGAGAUGACACUCCAAGCAGUGGAACAGCAGAUCCUACUUUCGAACCCUCCUCAAAUACCUCAUGCAGUGCUACGCCUAAUCGUUAACAUUCUUACCGUCGGCGAAUGCUCAUCGCGCACUUUCCAGCAGAGCUUGAACCUCAUUCAGCAUUUAUCCUAUAUACCAGACACCCGCGAUGUGAUUGCUCAAGAACUCAAAAGCAAAGCGCAGGAGUUUGGACAUACAUUGUUCUCUGAACUUGAUGAAUUGGCGAGCGCUCUUCGGAACUCUUCUGAAACUCAGUUGAGUUCAGUGGCCUCCAAAUUCUCGGCUGCUUCUUCCAUACAAGCAAAACUCCUGCGGGUUUUGAAGACUAUUGAUUACAUGUACUCCCCUCGUCCUUCCUCUGUCGGUAUUGGCGCAAAUCAUGAAAAUGAAGAUACGGAAAAAGUUCAGGCAAUCUACGAGUCUUUCCGUUUCGCACCUCUUUGGAAAAGUCUCGGGGAUUGCUUAGCAAUCAUCGAGGAAAAGGCUGACACCGAGCACGUCACUACCGUACUACUUCCACUCAUCGAGUCUCUAAUGGUUGUGUGCAAGUAUGUCGGAACAAACUCCUCCGCCAACCGAGCCUUGCACGCAACGUCCUCCCCGAGAUCUCCGACUACUCCCAAGGAAUCGAUGGAAGAUCUUUUUGUUACCUUUACCGAUACCCAUCGAAAGGUUUUGAACGUGAUGGUCCGAAAUAACCCCUCUCUUAUGAGUGGUUCUUUCUCAUUGUUAGUCCACAACCCUCGAGUGCUAGACUUCGACAACAAGAGGAACUACUUUACUCAGCAGCUGCAUCGCAAGCCACAUGCUCGCGAACAUCAUGGAACCAUUCAGCUCAACAUCCGUCGCGCUCGUGUUUUCGAAGACAGUUUCCAACAAAUAAUGCGAAAAACUGGUGAUCAGAUCAAGUAUGGCAAGCUCAACAUACGGUUCUAUGAGGAAGAGGGUGUAGAUGCAGGAGGAUUAACUCGGGAGUGGUUCCAAAUCCUCGCCCGCCAGAUGUUCGAUCCCAAUAACGCUCUAUUCCAACCUUGUGCAGCUGAUAAGCUCACUUACCAACCCAACAAAAACUCGUGGGUCAAUCCCGAACAUUUGACGUUCUUCAAGUUCGUUGGACGCGUUAUAGGGAAAGCUAUCUAUGAUGGUCGCCUCCUCGAUGCCUACUUUGCUCGUAGUUUGUACCGUCAACUGCUCGGAAAGCCAGUUGAUUAUAAGGACGUCGAAUGGGUUGAUCCUGAGUACUACAAUUCACUUUGCUGGAUUUUGGAGAAUGACCCUACUCUGUUGGAACUUACCUUCAGUGUAGAGGCUGAUGAAUUUGGUGUUAAUCGUAUCGUCCCUCUCAAAGAAGGCGGUGAUGCUAUACCCGUUACCCAAGAAAAUAAACGUGAAUUUGUGCAGCUCUCAGCGCAAUACCGUCUAUAUUCGUCGAUCAAGGAGCAGAUUGAACAUCUGUCAGCUGGAUUCUACGAGAUCAUUCCCAAGGAUCUCAUAACUAUAUUCAAUGAACAAGAAUUGGAACUCCUGAUUUCUGGUACUCCCGAUAUCGAUGUUGAUGAGUGGCGGGCAGCGACAGAGUACAACGGAUACACUAGCUCGGAUCCAAAUAUUGUUUGGUGGUGGCGAGCUCUCAAAUCAUUCAAUCGUGAUGAGCGAGCGAAAGUUCUGAGUUUCGCUACUGGCACAUCUCGCGUGCCAUUAAAUGGGUUCGUGGACUUGCAGGGCGUGCAGGGAGUUCAGAAGUUCUCAAUACAUAGGGCAUAUGGCGAGUCUGAUCGACUACCCCAAGCUCAUACCUGUUUCAACCAAAUUGAUUUGCCGCAGUAUUCUUCGUAUGAAAUGCUCCGCCAACAGGUCCUCUUUGCUAUCAGUGAAGGUGGCGAAGGCUUUGGCUUUGUGUAA